AGCGCUUGGCGAAAUCCGGAUAUCUCUCCGGAUACCGACGACGCCGUUCGUAAGCUUGAUGGUGCGCCAUCUCGCCAAGUGGGAUGCGCCUGCAUUUCCGUGGUCGACAGUGGCGCGAAAGGUGCUGAUUGCGCUGUCUCCUACGUCGCAAGCAUUCCGUCCAUGCCAGGAAGCUGCAGUGAACUUGGCGCUAAGCGGCUUCAGUCUGUUUCUACAGCUGCCCACGGGUGCAGGGAAAACUGUAUGCUUCCAGCUCCCGUCGCUUCUCCAGCAGCGCGACCUGAACAAAGUCACGCUUGUCGUGAGUCCGCUGCGAUCCCUCCUCACCGACCAGAAACAGCGCCUCACGCGUCUUGGGCUCGCGCAUCGCGCUGUCUUCCUCUCUCCUGGCACCGUACCCACCCUCGACGAACCCUUGUCGAACGACGUUGCCCUAUUGUAUGCCACACCAGAGCUUCUUCUUCAAAACAGCAAAGCUGCAAGACUUCUCACCGAUCUCGCGGCCGCAGAUCGCCUCGCGCGCGUUGUUCUGGACGAAGCGCACUGCGUCCUCGAAUGGGGCAACUCGUUUCGUCCAACGUACCUCGAGUUUGCCAGACACUGCCGCCACCGCCUUCCGCACCUUCCAGUGACGUUUGUGACAGCGACGGCAUCACCUGAGAUUGUGUCCAGCACUGCCAAUCUGUUUGGACUCGAUCUCGCGCCGCUCCCUGACCCCCAUAUCCCCUCAUCACAAGCAAAUGCGUCCACCCUCGUCGUCCUCCAACACAUGCUCGACCGGACAAACCUGCGCCUGCAAGUGCUCCCCAAGACCAAAGCUGUCUUAGCUCACAUGGCAUCGCUUCUCAAACGCGGAGAACCUGCCAUCGUGUACGUACUGUCCCAGAAAGACGCCGAGUCCGUCGCCACGGGCCUCAUGGCAUUUGGCCUCCAAGCCCAGCCGUACCACGCAGGCAUGUCCAACCCUGCUCGAAAGCGCGCCCAGCAGCUGUGGAUGUCCGGAAAGGUAUCAAUUAUCUGCGCCACUGUUGCAUUUGGGAUGGGAAUCGAUCGCGCCGACGUCCGCCACGUCAUCCAUCACUCGCUCCCCAUGUCUCUGUCGUCGUACAUGCAACAAAUUGGCCGAGCGGGUAGCGUACUCCACCUGCCCACCGCGCGAUGGAAGGUGAUGCCUCCAUGUAGGACGGGAUGGGCUGCCGGCAACAUGCACGCUAUUCUACACAAGCGGCGAUCGAGGCCGUGCGGCGUUCGUAAUGAGCGGCGGGGACGGAUUCCUCGACGCGUCGGCGUCACACGGCAUGCGGGAUGUCGUGGAAAUGGCAACGUCCAUGGACUGCCGCCGACGCAUCCUUCACUCGCAUUUUGGCAACAACAUGGCGACUUGGGACGAUGGCGAGUGCUGCCGGAACUGCAACUGCGGCGAGCCCAUGCAAAAAGACGACGCUGAAGCUACGACGGCUGAACAGCGACCGACCACCAACUAUUCGUUUCCGUCCAAGAAUCUCGAUGUCGAAUGGCUGUAUCAGAGAUUGCUUCAGGACGGACGUAAAGCCACCAGUCGAGGUGUAAGAAAGGCCAACGUUCUGUCACGUAAAUCCAUCGAGAGGAUCCUGGAGUCGCCGCCUUCGUCAGUGGAAGAGCUGGCGGCCAUGCGCGGCGUAGGGCCUGAACGGGCGGAAGCUUCAUAUGCUGUCGUGAUGGCACAUAUCAAGGCCAAGCGACGGCGAUAGACUACAAGGCGUUCAAUCGAAGGAAUGGCCGACGAAACAUUUCGCACCGGUUGCCCGAGCAACACAUUAGUGAUACGAUGAACCGUGAAUACAUCCCAACAUCGCACGAGAUCACAUGAAUCGGGCACAUGCCCUAGAGAUGGCCUGCGGAGGACAAUCGUGCGGGCUGAGCGAUGAUCUGCACCGAGUGCGCGGACCGGCCGCGCGAUUCUUCUUUUU